AUGAUGUGGACAACUUGGCCACGAACCAGACGAAAGAGUCAUGUUAAUACAACAGUACUAUGGAAAAAUCCUUUCAACUUUGGUUAUUGUUUUAUCAUAGUCCUGGCAGCCAUGUCGCCAAAAGAAGCCGCUAAAAGUGCAAUUGGAUCCACCCAGUGUCCGUCUCCAGAGCUUAUUCCCGGCUGUCCUUGCUACAAUUUUGAGGAUGGUUUGUUCCUGGAGUGCAACGGAGCCACGGGGAAUUCACUGAGAGCCGCCUUGACUGCAGUAGCUAGCCUCACGAGCCCCAAAGAAGCAGUGGUCCAGUCUUUGAGCAUCUACGAACUAGACCGGAAGGUAGACGAGCUAAAAUCCAGCAUCUUUCCCUCUGGAACUCAAAUCAGGCACCUCCAGAUUUCCCACUCAAGCAUCCGAGAAGUGGCAGAAGAUUCCUUCACCAAAUUCAACAAUUCCCUGACUUCUCUAGGAUUGAUUUCAGCACGGCUGCAACAGGUUCCACACAAGGCCUUGGCAAGCCUGACGCAGCUGACGACCUUGGAUUUAGAGUCGAACCACAUCCACGACCUGCCUGCUCACUCCUUCACCAAGCUGUCCCUCCAGAAGCUGAACCUAAAAGGCAACCAGAUCCAGAAGAUAGCUGAGCACGCGUUCUCAGGCCUGGAGGCUUCCUUAACUGACCUUGACCUUGCGGAGAACAAGAUCAGGAUCUUUCCUAUGACUGCUCUAAGGAACCUAGAGCACCUGGUGUCCCUCCGGCUGUCCUGGAACGAAGUUUCCCAGCUUCCUGAAGACGGCUACUCAAGAUUAGACGCCUUGAACUUCUUGGACCUAAGCAGCAACAACUUCGACAAGAUCCCGCUGAAUUGCUUCCGUUGCUGUCCUUUACUGCGAACGCUUUCCCUCUACUUAAACGCAGUUGAGCUGGUUGAUAAAGACGCCUUCAUUUCUUUAAUAGACCUGGAAUCCAUCGACAUCUCCCACAACAAGAUAGUGUUCCUGGAUAUAGCUACCUUCAGAGCGAACCAGAAGCUCAGGUCCAUCGAUUUAAGCCACAACCACAUCCACUACAUCCACGGAGUCUUCUCCAGGCUGCCUGAACUAAAGGAAUUGUUCUUGGCGGACAACAACAUCUUGGAGAUGUCAGCAGACACUUUUGCAGGAAGCGUCAACCUUCAGGUGAUCUACCUCCAGCACAACGCCAUCAGGAAGGUUGACUCCCGAAGCCUGGCCAGCUUGAAGCAGCUGACCCAACUUCAUCUCACUGCUAACUUCAUCAGCAAACUCCCCAAGGACUUCCUCCAGCACACUGAGAACCUCCUGACCUUGGCGCUAGAUGAGAACGACAUCCGGGAGCUGGAGGUUGGGACUUUUGGACGUACUAAGCACCUCAGGGAGCUCAGGCUCCAGGAUAACCAAAUCACUGAGGUCAAAAGAGGAGUUUUCGCUCCUCUGCCUGAACUCCAGGAGCUCCACCUCCAGAACAACGCGAUCACUGACAUGGAAACUGGAGCGUUAAAGACGCUUCACAGCCUCCAGCAUGUUAACCUCCAAGGGAACCUUUUGGCAGUCUUAGGAGACGUGUUCCAGGUUUCGGAGGAUAGAAUUGAAGACGACAGACCUGGAAGCUCGCUUAUAUCCAUCCAGCUGGACAAUAAUGGGCUAGGAGUCCUUCAUAAUGACUCCUUAAGAGGACAAUCUUCAGUUAGGAUCAUGUGGCUGGGCCACAAUAGGCUCACCAGACUCCAAGCUCCUCUAUUCCGUGACCUUUUGUUGGUAGAGAGGCUUUAUCUCACCAACAAUUCAAUCUCCAGGAUUGAAGACACUACCUUUCAACCAAUGCAGGCUCUGAAGUUCCUGGAACUGAGCAUGAACCGCCUGAGCCAUGUCACCGUCAAGACUUUCUCAGAACUUCAUGAAUUGGAAGAACUGUAUCUCCAGGACAAUGGACUCAGGAAGUUCGACCCAUUCGCGCUAACAGCCUUGAAGCGGUUGAGAAUCCUGGACCUUGCAAACAACCACCUGAAUGUCCUGCACUCGAUGAUCUUCCAGGAAGGCCUCCCGAUCAGGACGCUGAACCUCCGGAACUGCUCUGUGAGCUUAAUAGAAUCAGGUGCGUUCAGAGGUUUGAACAAUUUAUACGAGCUGAACCUGGAGUACAAUCACCUGACUGCUAAUGCGCUAGAUCGCCUGGACAUUCCGGGGCUUAGAGUCCUGAAGAUCUCCAACAACAACUUCUCCCAAGUAAACGGCGAGUCUCUGGACGGGUUGCCGUCGUUGCAGCAGCUGGCUAUGGAGUCUACGUCGAUACAUCGAAUGCCGCCUGAACUAUUUACCAAGAACAAGAACCUGGUGAAGCUUUUGCUAGGCACCAAUUUACUUAGGUCCCUUCCUGGAAGCUUGUUCCUAGGUUUGGAGUCGCUCAGAGAAGUAAAGCUUGAUGGGAACCGGUUCCAGGAGCCUCCUUAUGAAGUAUUUCUCAAUGCGACGUCGAUAGAAUUCUUGUCGCUUGCUCACAAUGUUAUUUCCCACGUAGACGCAACGCGGCUCAGCGGAUUGACGAACCUAAGAGAGCUAGACCUGAGGAACAACCGGAUCAUGACGUUGUCUGGGUUUGCUACGGCGAACUUCUCAAGGCUGAUUUCCGUUGACCUGAGCUACAACCACUUAACCGCCCUCCCGGAGAACUUCUUCAUCCAUUCUGUCCAAUUGAGGAAGAUUGAGCUAGCUGGGAACAAGUUCAGGCAGAUUCCAAGCGUAGCUUUAGGAGAACGCAACAUCCCGAAUCUAAAUUGGCUGAACAUGACCAGCAAUCCUCUGACCAGGGUCCACGAGUUUCCUUCCUUAGAAACUCACUACCCCGCAUUGCAGGAGAUCCACAUUUCAAGGACAAACCUGACGAUCAUCACCAGCCAGGACUUUGACGCGUUUCCAGUCUUGCUUCAUCUCUUCGUGACAGCCAACGCAGUGGCCCGAAUCGCUCAGGGAGCCUUCAAGAAGCUGCCAAUGUUGGUAACCCUGGACCUCAGCGUCAACGAACUGGAACUACUGCCUCAAGAACGACUCAGAGGCCUAGAACACCUUAAAUUGUUAAACCUGACCCGGAACAGGUUGAAGGAACUCGAAGACUUCCCAGCUGACUCCAAAAGCUUGCAGUUUUUGGACCUGUCCUUCAACCAGAUCACCCACAUUGGUGGUAACACCUUCAGGUACCUUGCAAAUCUAGAAGAACUCCACCUCCGUGGGAACUGGGUGUCCAGAAUCUCCGGUGAUGCUUUCAAGAUGAUGAAGAAGCUACGGCUGCUGGACCUCAGCCGGAAUUACUUAGCAAACCUGCCGCUGAGCGCACUCAGGCCCUUGGAGACCCAAAUUAGGACUCUUAGAGCCGAAGAAAACCCGCUGUAUUGUGGAUGUGAGUCCCAGGAGCUCUGGGAGUGGCUCAGAGAUCACCAGAAGCUGGUUGUUGGUGAAGGUACCAGGGAGGUUGUUGCUGGAAGCAAUGUACGUCGAGGAAUGAUCAAUGAUGUAGAAUCCCAAGGAUUGCUAAGGUGUGAGCAGCCACCGGAGCUUCGCGGGCUGGUGUUCUUGGAAUUGGACCCUCAUGCUUUCUGCUCAACUCCUUUGGUGCAGAAGAUUAGCACCCAGGACAUCCAGCCCUUUUCUGCUUCAAUUGUUUGGCAGAGUCGCAAUCAUACUGGGCUUCAUGGGUAUCAGGUUGUCUUUAGGAACCUGGACUCGCCUGAUGAGGUAAGUUCUAGAUCAUUUUUUCUUGAUCAUUCUCUAGAUGAUGAUGAUGAUGAUGAUUUGUUGCAGAUCCGAAGCAAAAUCUUGGGUCCAACUGCAAGACAAUUAAGGCUGCCCAAAUUGCUGGCCAACACUAGGUACCUGGUCUGCAUCCGAGGGCUUGGAAACUGGGCGCCAGAAGACUACUCAUCGUCAGCAUCACUGUCGUCGUCGAUCAUCACCAAAGUUGGCAACGAUUCUGACGAAAUCUUGUUCGACGUUCUGACGUCUUUGCCGUCGGAGAUGCUGGACUCUACAGUGAGCCAGUGCCAGGAGAUAAAAACCCUGGAGGCGCCUUCGGCAGUUGUGAUCAGUGACGGAGCACCUAUCAGUGAUCCUAGCGGCGUCAGCAGUAUCUUGACCAGAAGAUUGGGUCUGAUCGUCGGGUGCUGCAUGGGGUUCGUCGUCUUCAUACUCCUUGUCUCCGUUUUGGGCUACUUGAAGGUCAAAAAACAGAGGGAGGCGGUGAAGCGCGAUCAACAACCUGUACCACCAGAGUACAUCUCUUAUAGACACUUCAGUAUUCAAAGUGGUGACGCCGCAAGAGCUGUUACUCCUGGUAAUGUCACUACUGAUAUUACCGCGGUGACUGCGACGAUCACUGCGACGAGCGUCACUGCGACUAAUAAGGACAAUUCCGGGUAUGUUAACAACGUCGUUACUGGUGCUACUAAUCUUAAUGUAUAG